UAGCUCUACGGUAACACUGACGGAGCCAUGGCGGCACUUCAACAGUACACAUGGCCGAAGAUGUCCGACCUCCCGUGGCACUUCCAAAGUCUGGGCAAUCUACGUUCCUACAUCCGGGAACACAGGGGCAGGCUCUCUGUCAAUCACACAACGGUCGAGGAACAGCUCAAAUUUUAUACGGACAUCAACGCUUUCUUCAUCUCCCGUCUCGGCACGACGGUUCGUAAGGUAGACACCUCCCAAGUCUGGACCAAUGUAGUGGCUUAUCACAUGAUCGUCAUGAGCGAGGAGUACACGGGCCUGGAGAGAGCAAUGGGGAGCGUGUUCUACGCAAGAGGAGGCCUCACUGUUGACGCCAGUUUGUACUACAACAAGGUCAAGUUCUUCGGGCAGACGUGUCUAGACCUGGCCUUGAGCUAUGCGCCAGACGUCGCAGCCAUCUUUCAGGACGUCUACGUCAACAGCACAUUGGAGAAAGGUAUUAAGAAUAUGCGGCAAAAGAUCCACGUCAAUGACGUCAGCGUAGACCCGAACGUGCAUUUGGGGCUACACUGGUUCGACAACAUGACGUCAUACAUCGGAAUUCUUCGCCGACUCGACGAACACUUGUCCAAGAAGAUCCUGGAUAUGGUGGACGAAAACGUGCAAGAGCUCGACCUACGACUGAGUCUCAACAUCAUCAUCUUGGUCGUGGUGAUUGUCGUAAGCCCGCUCAUCACGUACGGAGUUCACAAGAUGGCGUACGACACACAGUCGAUCGCCUGCCGACUGCAGAAGGUCGAGCUGGAACGACAAAAGGCUGACGGAAUCCUGUACCAAAUCUUCCCUAAGAGCGUCGCCGACUGCAUGAAGAAAAACAACGCGGUGGCUGCACGACAGUUUAAACAUGUUACAGUCAUGUUUUCGGAUGUCGUCGGUUUUGAGGACAUCUCCGCCUCCCUUUCGGCUCACCGGCUGGUGGACCUGCUGAACCGGCUGUACCACACACUCGACUCCGCUAUAGACCUGUACGACGUCAACAAAGUGGAGAGCACAGGCGGUGCGUACCUGAUCGUGUCCGGACUGCCGACCAAAAAUGGCGACAAGCACGCGGGUGAGAUCGCCUCCCUAGCCCUGCACUUCCUCUCCGCAGCAGACAUCUUCAACCCGCUGCACGUAUGCGGCAAAAUCAAGCUUCGCAUCGGUAUCCACACAGGCUCCUGCGUGGCUGGAGUGGUCGGGUACAAGCGUCCCCGCUACCACGUGUUCGGACGUACCGUCAACAUCGCCCACAGACUCCAGACGUCUGGUGAAGCUGGAAGGAUCCAGAUAUCAGCGGCCACCCAGCAAGUUCUAGAAGAACUCGGCGGCUACAACAUGGCUAAACGCACGGAAAGUCCCGAUGAAGUAAAGGAGCUGUUUGCAUACGAAGAUGACGACACCUACUGGUUGUUGGGAAAGGCCCUAUCCGGCAGGCCUGGCAUGCUCUCAAGGGACGCUCUCGUCCUAUCGUACAAGGGGAUAUAAGAUCAGACCUCAACAUCAACACAGGUGACGGCGACGAGUGGAAACCGCAGCCAAUCUACUUAUAUAUUUGAUGAAAGAUGAUUGGAAGCUAUGUAAGCCACCUCACCCGCACGAGUGCGCAUGUGCCGUCGCAAUGAAUUGUGGGCUAAGGUCAAAGUUUAAGUUCCCUGACUUGUGAGCAAUUCUUUGUCUGGCGACACUGUGAGGGCGAGUGGAUACUAAUGGAAAUCUGCAUAGGCGAUAAUGUAAAAAUAGGCAAUUAUUAAGUUCAGGGUGUCAUAAAAUCAUCUGUGAACAUUGAAGAUCAUAACAACUCACCCCACUCAGCAUCCCGCUAUGUCUCAAGUGUCCAAAAAGUCUGAUUUAAAAGAAAUUCUGACCAGCGAAACCUCAAAUGUGCCGCCAUCUUGGUUUCUCAUGACGUCAAUUUAGGGACUGGCCACUUCAACUUGGGGGUCAGCACAGGCCUAAGAAAUGGACCAAAACCUUGUUCUUUUGCCUAAUCUGAACGUCUGCACCCUGCACUGUCUCACCAAUAUGAAAUUUCUCUUGCAUUUUCCUGCUACAAGUCGAAAAUAGGCUAAAAUGCUGUGGCUGUAUCAAUUGGGGUCAUUGCCCUGCAGAAAUUUCCAAGUUUGUUAACGUCUGAUGGACCCUAACCUCUGACCUUACCCAUAAUUCUCUGCGGCUCUGGAACUACAAAUACCUUUUUAUAAUUCUCCACCGAACCUGAUGUGUUGAUAUCUAUGUCUAAAGCUACUAAAACAGUAGCAUUUUCGUCUCCAUUUGGUUUUAUUAUCUAACAAUGUACUUUUUACCUGUGAUUUUAGGUGAUGUAUUGAGAUAUGAAAAUAUCAUAACGGGUUCGACAUACUUUGACCAGUGGGCAGCCUAAAAGGCAGCAGCCCAUCACCAUUUCAGGAUAGCUCUGAUCGAGACCGCCAUUUUUGUUUGGGUAUGUUAACAGAACAGGUUCGUGUAAUGAGCUGGAGGUUACAGGUUCAGGUACAGGGUUGGUCCUGUACAUAGACUAGCUUGGUAUCUCUACUAUGUACAUUGAGCUUGCUAAGGACUGACCCAAUAGCUUUGCUCACCUCCAUUAAAAUGUAGAAAUGUAAACUAAAAACAUGAAAAUGCAAAAAUAUUGACGGGCCCCUGCCAUCGGUUAAAACGCUAAUUGCAAGAUUUUGUCAAUGGAUGAAGUAUUAAUUGAGAAGGACAGUCAGACAGUCCCCACAGAGUAUCUGUGCUAAAUAAUCAUCGAAGAUUUGUGUCAAAUAAUCCAACAUUAUAAUUCAGUAGAUAGAUUCGACCUCGCAUUGCAAGCCUUGGCCCCCAAAACGGUAGACUACGCGCACUACGGCUUCCUGACGUUUCAAAGAAUUUGCGUCGAACAAAAUUUGGUUUUGAGGCUCAACUAGGAAACCAAGUAUUUCGAAUCCUGUAAAGGGUGUUCAAUGUAAUCAUAAUCUUGGUGUUAAGAAAAUGAAUGAUUUGACCGUGCCGUAUUUGAUUAUGUAACUUUGGAAUUUAGUUUGGAUUAUGCGCAUCUACCCAAACGGUGUGCGAUUAUAUCAAAUGUAUUAUUUUUGUCCAUGACUGUUUUACGGAUUUACAUUGUGACUUUAGAUUUGGCAUUCCAUGCAACUGAAAAGGACCAGUUGCAUUCUUCGUACGAUAUUUGUACAAUAGCAGAGCAUUCAACUGUUGCGCAAUAUAUCGCACAAGGUACCGGUUGUAUUCGUCGUACGAUAUUCGUACGAUCGGGUACUGAGAGCGUUCAUUCCUGUGAUAAUCGUGCAUUUGUCGCACAAGCUUUUAAAGAUGUCUUGUCACGACUUAAAGUAUGUCUUAGUUAUUUAUCGAUGGUUGGUUCUGUCAUAGCUUGUUUGAAAGUCGGACGACUGGCCACGGCGAAUGUAAAAGCGUCGGAACGAUGCAAAUGACAAUCAUUGUGGUUGUAAAUCACAACAUGUACACAAGCUAACAAUACUGUCUAUAACUUUCAGCUGUCUGUACAAUACAGUUAGCUACAUAGUUUGGUCUGUACAGUCAGUUCUCAUAUAUAUCAUGAAGGAUUUUAGCACGAUAGGUGACUCACGAUUCCAAGUACGCAUGCGCAACGUGAAGCAUUGUGGGCAACAUGUGAAAGGUUACUGGCCAUCAGACAAAACAAGUCUGGGCUUGCUUUGCAAACGGAGACGAUUAUAGAAACGAACAGUUUGGGUGACAUGUU